GUGGAUGGAGAGAUAAGGUGAGUACUUGGAGAAGGAGGAGAUCACAUUGACUUUGGUGACUCAGGGUUUUGCAAGUGACAGUUGGACCCAAGAGACUAUCACCCUAAGUGGGACAAAGAAGUUGGAGAAAACUAAGUGGGCACCCAGGGCUGACCGUUUUAGUGUUAUGCUCAUCACUCACUGGGUGCUGGUACAGACAGGUAUAUAACCAGUUGGCAUCAUCAUGACAUCUAAAGGACAGUUUGAAUAUGAUAAAGACAUGGAUGUAACACUGGAUGUUGAGGGGUUCGGAGACCCAGGUCCAACGACAGAAGAAGAUGACCGUCAUGAGAAGAAGAGGAAGUCCCUACUGUACAAAGUCUUUCGACACUCGGCGUACUGGGAUUUGCAAGGGUCGUAUGAUCUGAACAGGAGGAGGCGCAUGGAAGAUAAACGGAAAGAAGGCACAUACCGCAUAAAGCAAAGUCUGUCUGAGGAACCCCCCAGUCCUUCAUUCCCUCCAGUGCUCCCAUCCUACGUUCCUUCCAACCGAACAUCCCACGAGGCCUACGUAGAAUUACAUGAAUUACUAAUGGAUUCCAAUAAUGAGAUGCGCUGGGUGGAGGCUGCCCGCUGGUUGAAGGUAGAAGAAGACUACCAAGAGGAUACCAGGCAGUGGGGAAAACCGCAGCUCUCCUACCUCACCUUCCGUAGUCUCCUAGAGAUACGUAAAGCUUUCCAUAAAGGUACAGUCCUCCUUGAUCUCCCAGAAAAGACUCUCCCUGGGAUUGCCAGCCAAGUUAUCGAUCAGCUGAUUUAUGAAGCUCAGCUGAAACCUGAUCACCGGGAAGAGGUCUUGCGAGCACUUCUACUGCAACAUAGCCGACCUGAUGAUAAGGUGAUUAAGGGAGAUCCAGAAAGUGGUCAACUUCUGCUACAAAAGAUAGAAAUGACAUCUGUCCCAGAGAAGGUGCCACUCAAGGGAGACCUCACAGAGAAAAUACCAGAAGAUGCAGAGGCCUCUGUGGUGUUGGUGGGAUGUGCACGAUUCCUAGAGCACCCAACUCUUGCCUUUGUACGCCUGAAAGAAGCAGUGCAGCUGGAGUCUGUCCUAGAGGUUCCUCUGCCAAUCAGGUUUCUUUUUAUCCUACUGGGUCCAGAGACCCCACACACAAGUUACCAUGAAGUGGGACGUGCUGUGUCCAGCAUGAUGGCUGAGAGGGUCUUCCGCACUGAUAUGUACCUUGCUGGGGGUCGACAGGACCUUUUGCAGGCCCUGGACCAAUUUCUCGAUUACAGUAUUGUUCUGCCUCCUUGUGACUCUCCUAGUGAGCAGUUACUCAAGGAACUGGUCCCAGUGCAGCAGAACCUUCUUAGAAAGAGAUAUCAAGGAAUCAAGACAGCAUCAGAGCUGCACAAAAAAGAACCAAAGUCAACCGCAGUAGAAGCUGAUGAUCCUUUGCGUCGGACUGGUCGAAUCUUUGGGGGCCUUGUUCGUGACAUUACACGGCGGUACCCCAAGUACCUGAGUGAUAUCACAGACGCCCUUAGCCCUCAAUGCCUGGCUGCUGUUAUUUUCAUCUAUUUUGCUGCCCUUUCUCCAGCUAUAACAUUUGGAGGUUUAAUGGCUGAAAAAACAGACAACUGGAUGGGAGUAUCAGAACUGAUGGUGUCCACUGCUGCCCAAGGCAUUCUCUUCUGUAUUCUUGGUGCCCAACCUAUCCUCAUCCUUGGAUUCUCUGGUCCGCUCCUUGUGUUUGAAGAGGCCUUUUAUGCUUUCUGUGCAUCAAAUGGUUUUGAAUAUAUUGUGGGUCGUGUAUGGAUUGGAUUCUGGCUUAUCCUCAUAGUGAUAAUAGUUGUUGCCUGUGAGGGCAGCUUCCUGGUCCGCUUCAUCUCCAGGUUUACGCAGGAAAUAUUCUCCUUCCUCAUUUCCAUAAUCUUCAUCUAUGAGACCUUCUCCAAGCUUGCAACGAUCUUCAACAAUCACCCACUCCAGGAACAUUAUAACUUAACAAUUGAUAAAGUACGAAAUCCUCAGCCUAACACUGCCUUGCUGUCUCUUGUUCUGAUGGCUGGAACCUUCUUCAUUGCAUACUUCCUUCGACAAUUUAAGAACAGCAGCUUCUUUCCUGGCAAGCUACGUCGCAUCAUUGGUGAUUUUGGAGUUCCUAUUGCUAUCCUCAUAAUGGUGUUGGCUGAUAUGUUUAUUAAAGACACCUACACACAGAAACUCUCCCUUCCAAAAGGAUUAAGUGUAUCCAAACCUAUGAAUCGCACCUGGUUCAUUAACCCCAUGGGGUUGGAGGAAACAUUCCCUAUUUGGAUGAUGUUUGCCUCUGUGGUCCCGGCUUUGCUUGUCUUCAUUCUCAUAUUCAUGGAGUCCCAGAUUACCACAUUAAUUGUCAGUAAACCAGAACGCAAAAUGGUGAAGGGCUCUGGAUUCCACUUGGACCUUCUGCUGAUUGUUGGUAUGGGGGGCAUUUGUGCCAUGUUUGGGAUGCCCUGGCUUAGUGCAACCACAGUACGUACUGUUAGCCAUGCCAAUGCACUUACCAUCAUGACAAAAGGAGAAAAGCCUCAAAUUGAACGAGUGAUCGAGCAGAGGAUCAGUGGGCUCCUGGUCUCCGUCCUUGUUGGUCUCUCUAUCCUUAUGGAACCAGUUCUCACACUCAUUCCCCUAGCUGUCCUGUUUGGUAUCUUCUUGUAUAUGGGGGUGACAUCACUGAAUGGAAUCCAGAUGUUUGAUCGUAUCCUACUACUCCUGAAACCUCCAAAAUAUCACCCCAAUGAGCCCUUUGUGACACGGGUGAAGACCUGGCGGAUGCAUGUGUUCACUUUGGUGCAGAUUCUCUGCCUGGUGCUCCUCUGGGUGGUCAAAUCUACUCCAGCUUCCCUAGCUUUGCCAUUCAUUCUCAUCCUCACAGUGCCCCUCCGCAUGUUCCUAAUGCCAUGCUUCUUCAGCAACCUGGAACUCAAAUGUUUGGAUUCCGGUGAUGCCAAUGUGAACUUUGAAGAAGAGGAGGGACAGGAUGUUUACAACGAGGUGCAAAUGCCAAUUUAAAGGACCCUCACAUGCAUCUACCCAGUCCUUUGAAUUCCCUAUGAACUCCAUGUAGGGAUAUAAGCCUAUAUUUGAAGGCAGCCAGUUUUAAAGAGACCAACAUUUAAAUGUCAAAGGUGCUUCAUUCCUAAACAACAAACAAUAAUCCUUUGUGCAAAAAAGUAACACACCCUUAUUUGUAGCACAGCGCCCAUAAACCUUCAAUAUUGUGAACUCUGCAAUCUCAUAGGAAUGGAUUUUUAUUUGUUUUAUUUUUUACAUUUGCUAAAAAUAAGGGAAAGCUAUUUUUUAUAUACAUCUCCAAAGAAUUAUGAUGUUCAAUUUACUAUGCAAGCUUACAUUUUCUUCAGUGUAUUUUUAAUAUGUGGUAUAUUUUAAUCCUUUGGAAAAACUUACCUUUAUUUCUGCAAAAUUUCCCUUUAUAUUCUUGAGAAUUUUUGUAGAUAAAUCAUUUGAAAAGUUUUUUUGUUUUUUUUUAAGUUUUAUAAUAUAAUUAUAUAAAUGGAAUUGUGUUUUAAUGCUAUGCUAUGUGCCUUAAGAAAACUUUUGUAAAUAUGCCUUAAAAUUUAUAUUUUUAUCUAAAAUAUAAUAUAUUUUACAACAGGAUUAAAAAAAAUACCUCUAUGUA